AUGGUUCACUUUCCAAACGAGAUCUGGCUUGGAGGCGCCGACCAUCUCAAACUCCCGACUGAUGUGUGCACACGCAGAAACGAGACACUUAGUGAAGAUGAAAAGAUCAACCAGCAGGCCAUCAUCAGUCUAUGUCUUAUAGCCAAGCAACUUCGCGCCAUCUUCCAAUCACAGCUGUAUUGCAAUUUCGUCAAGCACGAAGAAUCUGCCGCUCAACACCAGCUACUGAAUUCAGACUCCGAGCGGCAGCACAAACACCAUCAACAAGACGAACGCAACUCUCGUGUUGCCUGCGAGCAAUCAAGACUUAAAAACUUUCUCUUUACCAUAAUCCACCGUCCUGAUCUUGCUGCCAUGGUCGAACAACUACGUAUCGGCUUGUUUGCGCCGGAAGACACUCACAAGAAGGUCUCUUUGAAUAAAUCAACUUCUCGCGCGUUUGUUGCUGCUCUCAGAUCUUUCGUGGGAUUUGAUAGUCUGCGCAAACAUUUCAGAAGGUCAUGGAAGAAAAGCCUAAAGAGUGGUGACGAGGGAGCAGAAGUCGCGCUUCUACUGACUCUGCUUCCAAACCUGCGUUCACUACGCUUUGACUCGGAAACAGGUGGCCUUGACUACUUUGUGAAAAUGCUCUUGAAGACCACCUUAGGUUCCAGUCUUAAGUCCUCGAUUCUCAAGUCUGCCAAACGGCUGUCGCACGAACGUUCAGUCGGACUGCAGUCAAGGCUAGACCAAUCGCCCCGGAUCCUCUGUUCUCUCAAGUGCCUUGAUGUGUGGUCGUUUGAUGGCUAUAUCAAGUCUUUGGCCAGUUGCGUGUGUCUUCUUUCGCAGCCGACCAUCACCUCAUUCCAUGGAAGAGGGCUGUGUGUGUACGGUUCACUGCUGUCCAUUCAACCGAAAAUUAGCUUCACUUCACUCCUCCAUCUAAAGCUGAUCCGUUGCAAGUUGGAUGGAGAAGGUCUCGAAAGUGUCUUGAAGAGGUGCACAAAGUUGCAAUCGCUGGACAUCAAUACCAAAUUCGCCUCUAAUCCCGACACUAUGUCACGCAUACCCAUCACUAACAAGCACUUGAAUCCUCUACAGAACAUAACAGAUACGCUUGAACGUCUGAAAAUAAUGCUGCACGACGACUACACAGGAGUAUCUCUCGAUCUGAGGUCUUUCAACAAGCUGCGUUAUCUUCAUGUGGACAUGGCUCUGUUGAAAACUACUGGUCAUGGGCCUUUUUUCAUGCACGAAUCACUGCCAGAAAGCAUUGAGAAAAUCACUAUCCGUAGAGCCUACGUAUGGAUGCAAGACGUCGACGAGCUCCUUGAUGCAAUGAUUUCAAAUCGUCGGUUUCCUACUCUCUCAAGCCUGGAAAUUUACACACUCGGCUGGUCUCAUGAGCAUGUGCAGGAUGAACUGGAUUUCAUACAGGAGCGAGCUUGUGCACUCCAGCUUCAUGUCCAGGUAGAGGAAGACCCUAGUAGAAGAUAUUCGUUCACCUGGGGACAUGACAAUCCUGACUCUGACUCUGAUCUGGACUGA